CACGACAUCCAGCUCCAGCCGCAGUCAGGAGUAGCACCUGGGCUUCAACAGAACGAGCCACCGGAAUUAUUCCCCGGGAUCGUGACCAAAUCGACGCCGUCCUCGGGAGGUGCUGGGUCGUCCGCUUCAAGUGGUCAGAGUGGCGGACGGUCGCGGUCGCAGACUUCGAAGCCCGGCGGUAAAACGGUUCCGGUUCCGGUUCCCCCACCAAGAAGCCAGGCUAAUCCGGGGCUUCCGCUAUUGGGGCAGCGACAAGGUGAAACGAAUGCUGGCGCGAUUCCAGGUGUGUUUGCUGCAACGUCGACGAACGACGCCGCACAGAGCACUGCCGUGGGUGCCGCAGGCACCACAAUGGCCUCUAUGCCGACGAGUACUAGCGCAACGACGAUUUCCAUUCCGGGGCCGCUUGCGCCAGUCGGGUCUCAACCUGUGCCUGCUUUCCAGCUGAGCCCGCAGAGAGCAACUGGAGGCGCGACUACACCUAAUUAUUAUAGAGGCACUGUAGUAGCACCAGCAAGCCCCACAGGAGAUGGAGCAUUCCCCCCAGGAGAUGUACCAGAAGCUAGUGCCGCGGCUGCGCUGCAUUCGCAAGCAAGCGUACACGGUGCGACAGAGGCAGGAGCCGUCGUUGCGACAGGCGAAAACCUGCCCGACGCUGCGGAAGUAGAAGUGGUCGUUUCUGGUGCGCGAGGUUCUUCGGAAGAUUCUGGUAAUGAUUUUGCGGCUUCGACAACACCUGCGCCUGAAGGUUCCGCGGAGAUGGGCCAGACACCGGCAAGUGCGAGUGGGAGUGCCAGCCAUCCGAUCUCGUCUCCUGCACAUCCCAGCCCUCCCGCAGGCGAUCUUCUUGCUGGCGCGGGUUAUGCAGAGCCACUUUUGCCGUCACCGUUGACGGCUUCGCAGUCUGGGCAUCUCGUUAGCGGAGGAGGAGGUAACACAGUCGCCAAUAUGACGGCUGGAAGCCCGAGUUCGGGUUCGCCAGAAUCGUCUCCAACAGCGAGCACACCGGUGCAGCACAGCCCAGGCCUCUCGCCUGUUGCUGCCCCUAGCUCAUCGUCUCCUUCAGGCACCACUGCGGGGCCGCUCGUCCCGGUACGGCAUCCCGGGGGGCAGCAGCAGCAGGCCUUCGGAGCGGGAGGGUCAGGGUCAAGCUCAUCCGCGUCCUCGAGCGCCGUUCAAUUAAAUCGCUUUGGACAAACAACGGCUGCUGGAACGAUUUCACCGCCAACAUGGAACUCCGACGACCUGGUUUCUGCAGAGAAGGUGAAGAAGUGGCUGUAUCAAAAUCUCAAUCUUGGAAGAGUUGCACACACCGGUGGAGCGACGCAACACGUGCCAGCAGUCAUUCAAAAAUGGCACGGCGAUAUUUUCGACCGACCGCGCGGGAAUAACUUUCUGGUCGGGCGGCAAGAGGGUGUUAUGUUGAAGGGCUGGGAGUGGAGCAAGUUGAUCUACGAGAAACCCUUUUACGUCCUGCACGACGAGCACAUUUCGAAAAUUGUUGAUCCCCAGUUUGGAAACGGAAUUGGAAUGCAGCAGAGCAGCAGCAGUAGCAACAGCGGGACUUACAGCAGACCCACACUUUUGUCGAAUCCACUACAGGACUUACAGCGCGCAUCUCAGUUGCUGGUCGCUGUCGAAGCCAUACGUAGUGGCGCGCGCGCCUUUCAGCCAGCCUUCGGAGGCAGGAAAAACGACGCAGCAGAAGGUUUGAACUACAUUUUAAACGGAGCUGCGGCUGCGGGUGCGCGGGUGAUUGAAAGGGAAGGCGACGAUAUUCUUUUGCUUUACAAAGUGCAAGGGCCGUUCCCGUUCCAUUCGGGACGCGUCAGUUCUCGACUGUUGGGCCUCGUCAAUGGCCAGCUCACGGACUUUACGUUUGAGGACUUUAGGGAUAUCCUGGAGGAGGAAAAGGCUCAAUGGAACGAAUGGCGUGGCGAUUCCAUCCGUGCGCACAGAGAAAUGCUCAAAGCAGAGUGGAACCAGAAAGCUGCGUCGGCGGCGGGCGGCGCGGGGCAGAAGUAUGACGACGAUCAGGACCUUGCCACUGCAUGCGAGUAUCCAGAGCUAUUGCGGUUUUUUCUACGAGUACUGUGGGUAAAAUGGGAACAAACCUUAGACGGGGUGCUGCCCGAAGAUGAAGAAACCGCUCGGGUCAGGGUUGACGUGGAAAAAAGCUUCGUGCUUGUAGCUGAUCGCGCUACGUUUUACGUCACAGAUCUGCUGCGCGAACAUUACAGAAUGCUGGAACACAGCAAGGGCGACGAAUGGAAGAAAUCCAAGCUGCGUGCGUUCUUUAUUCCUUUCAGUGACAUUGAUUCCGGUGUCGGGUCGUCGUACUUGAGCUCUCCGGUCGUCAAUGAUUGGUUGUUGGAUUUUGUCCAGCAUCCCGGGACCGCAUCUACGCCGCCGGAGCAAAGAAACAAGCCACACCGGGACCCUUUGGAGGCUAUCGUGCGAAAACAGGUCUAUAGAAACGUUGCUGUGGCCCUGCAGGAGGAGGGACCGAGAGCUCGCGGUUACUUUGGCGUCGACCUGCACGGCGACGAGCCGUUUUGUCUGACGCCACCCUGGCACUUUGGGCGGGGAAAGGAGCUGCUUGCGCAAGCCAGGUGGCAGGGUUCGAAGUUUCUUGCGAAACUAACAUUCAGAAACAACUACGACCUCGAGCCCGAAGAGCUAAAUGACCCAAGCCGGCCGGAGUUUCCUAGUUACGACCACUCGCCGCUGCAGUACGCCCUGGAUCGCGCGCGGAUAGCCUGCGGAACGGUAUUGAACACCUACGCGAGGGAAGGGCGUCGCCGCAAGAAAGAAGCAGAGGGUCAGGUUUCCAGCCCGGAUUUCGAUCCGUCGAGGAUAAUCCAGACCGGGUACGCGAUCGUGCGUCGCAUGGGAGAGGAGAGUCGUAGGUUGGCGAAUGAGAGCGACGUGGGUUUUCUGCCUCCAGAUGCGGGUACGGAUGACGAAGACGGUGGUAUUAAAACACAGAGACAGGAGGAGAGUUCCAGUAGUAAACAACCCAUGGAACAAGACUGGAAAAUUUCCGUCGGGUCCACGCUGUUGGGAUUUGUGCGUGGAAACGGAAAUAGGUGGGCUUCCGAAGACGAGGGUGACCCAGACGACGAGACUGAGGUUGGUGGACCAGUGUUGCUGGGUACGGGUACUGCUACGCCAAGUCGUGGUGACACAGGAAUCAGAGGCGCAUCAAAGAAGCAGCUUUUCAAAAUUCGGUUUCCGAAGGUUGUCGACCCUGCGCGGCCCCGUCUCGACAAGCAUGUGUCCCUGUUAAAGAACAUUCCCCUAUACAAGGACUGGAUUUUGUUCGACGUGCAUUGGAAUUCCUGGCAAGGGGAGGGGGGCGUCGAAAAAGGGUGCUUGUCGCUCCAAUUCCGUGGCGUGGAGCGCCCGUGCGGGGGGAAGAAAGUACAGGACGACCCGUACCUGCGCGAGGGCUCUCGUUUUGGGAAAUACAAACGGCCGAGCGAUAAGGAGUGCAGUUUGAACGUAGUGGACAUAAACUUGCGAUUUUAUUACGACCGAGUGGGAAGAGCAAACAACCCAGCACCUCAUCAGCAGGAGGCUCUGCUGCGCGAAGACGAAAAAGCCACGGAGUCGUUGCAAAACCUGUUGGUCGGAAGCCACAAGUCGGUGUGGCACUUUACGAGACACGUGUCCAUCUCUGCGUGCGAGCGGGUGGCGGCGUCACCGAUGAUAGACAAGACGAACAGCAUGGUGCCGCGGGUCGACGACAUUCUCCGGUCGGUGACCGGCCCAGACGUUGCGUUCGAGUCGAAGUAUUAUAAUUCCGCCUACGGUGAACUUCCAGCUCCGUGGACCCCCUCGCAAGGGGCACAGGAAAGCGACCUUGGUGAGGAGCAGGCGUUGGGAGAAGCAGGUGGUAGCAGUAGUAGUAGCAGUGAUCGGAAGAAUAUCUUCACGUUGAGCAAGAAUAAUGGAGCUCCUGCAGCAGCACUGCACGCAACGCAACCAGGUCAUGUUGACAAAGUAGAUCCACCUUUGCUUUGGACUUCGGUGACCUUCGGCAGGGAAAUUAUGUUCAAGCAGGACCCGCAGCCCACCGACUUUGAGUCCCCGGGUUUGAAGAGAAGAAAAGAAAGGAAAAACAGCGUUUCUUCCACCGGAUCCGACAGUCCUGUUCGUCGUUUGGCGUCCGGAACGGAUCCACCCGGUGAGGAUUUGGAAGAUGUCCACCGCAUGCUCGGGUCAGGUCAGGGAAGCACAGCGCCGGGAAUGAAAACCUGAAAAGGAAGCGUGGUCGUGGUCGUUCCCCGUGCGAGCUGCAAACACCUAAAACCCACAUUCAUACUAGUGAACCCCCCCAAGAUUGUUUUUCGAAAAUGACGAGGUUAGCAUAUAGAUAAGAAUCAGAUGGUACAAAUAGGAGCAAGAAAACACAAACAGAUAGCUGGAUUUUAUUAUAGGUGAUCGAACUAAGACUAACAAUUUUCUCUUCUGAAUUUAUGAACAGUAGCAGUGCUGAUGCUGAAUGACGAGAGGCACUAGCUACUGCCAGGCGUGCCACUACACCGGCACGGGCAGCAUGGUGGAUGGAUAAUUGCUGCUGAACAUGCUCUUAAUAUAUAAGGCCGGAGCUAAUCAUGGUGUAAGAUUUCGUUAUUAAUGUAAUUGUUGUGGUCCCCGAGCAAGCUUUGCCCUACCCCCCUUACCCUUAUCUUUCUUCGAGUGGCUGAAAUCUUAUUGGUGUGAUUCUUUUUGUGAUAAUGGUCUUAUUUGAGUAUGAUGGCAUUGCACGUUAUUCAGUGCUUACCUCGCUCUACUACUGUGGAAAAGAGGAGUGAGGCGUAUCUUGCACAGGUAUCUUGCACAGCUACAGAUAGUAUGAUCUUCACAUCGACAGCUAGAGGUGUUGCCCAAGCAUGCCGAAUAAAACGGCCUCACACUACACAAGCUAGUACCACGUACCGACGCAGCACAGCGCAGCUGUAGCGACAAAAGCAGAAGACUACAUGCAUGUAGUAGUCUCUAGACCAUGAUGAUAAUGAUGACAUAGUCAUUUCCCCAAGAACCCCUCGGAUACAACGAAAAAAUUGUGGAAAACAUUUUAGAUUCACGUCGAAUUUUUCAGAAAACAUGAUUAUCAUGAACCCGGUAUUGACCCCCCACAGGUGCU